AUGUCCGGAGCAUCUGUAAAGGUCGCAGUCCGGGUUCGCCCCUUCAACUCCAGGGAGACGGGCAAAGACUCAAAAUGUAUCAUCCAGAUGCAAGGCAACACCACAACUAUUCUUAACCCCAAAGCCCCCAAAGAACCAGCGAAGACCUUCAGUUUUGACUACUCCUACUGGUCACACACUUCGCCCGAUGACCCAAGCUUUGCAUCACAAGAACGUGUAUUUAAUGAUAUAGGGAAGGAAAUGCUGGCGCAUGCCUUUGAAGGCUACAACGUCUGCAUCUUUGCAUAUGGCCAGACAGGAUCUGGCAAAUCCUACACCAUGAUGGGCAGAGAGGGGCAGGAAGGAAUCAUCCCCAUGCUCUGUGAAGAUCUCUUUGAAAAAAUCAGUUUAGACAACAACAAAGAACAGCUCUCUUACUCAGUUGAGGUCAGUUAUAUGGAGAUCUACUGUGAGCGGGUCCGGGACUUGCUCAAUCCUAAAAACAAAGGCAACUUGAGAGUUCGCGAACACCCUCUCCUAGGCCCAUAUGUGGAGGACUUGUCUAAACUCGCUGUUACCUCCUACACAGACAUUGCAGAUCUUAUGGAUGCAGGAAACAAAGCCAGGACUGUGGCUGCCACUAACAUGAAUGAAACCAGCAGCAGGUCACAUGCAGUGUUCACCAUUGUCUUCACGCAGAAAAAACACGACAACGAAUCGGACCUCUCCACAGAAAAGGUCAGCAAAAUCAGUCUCGUAGAUUUGGCAGGAAGUGAACGUGCGGACUCCACUGGUGCUAAGGGAACCAGGCUAAAGGAGGGAGCAAACAUCAACAAGUCUUUGACCACAUUAGGGAAAGUCAUAUCUGCCCUCGCUGAAGUGAGUAAGAAAAAGAAAAAGACUGACUUCAUACCGUACAGAGACUCUGUUUUGACAUGGCUUCUAAGGGAGAACUUGGGUGGAAACUCCAGGACGGCCAUGGUUGCUGCUCUGAGUCCUGCUGAUAUCAACUAUGAUGAGACCCUCAGUACUCUCCGUUAUGCUGACAGGGCCAAGAAUAUUAAAUGUAACGCAGUCAUCAACGAAGAUCCCAACAACAAGUUGGUACGUGACCUCAAAGAUGAAGUGGCCCGACUCAAGGAGCUGCUGCAAGCACAGGGCCUGGGAGACAUCCUGGACAUCGAUCCUAUGGGGGAUGAUUACCCAGGAAGUGGAAUAAAAUCACCCAUGGGCUCUCUGACAGCCUCUCCGUCCCUGGGCACGCUCUGCACCCAGGGCCUGCAGUCUGUCUCCAGCAUCCAGGAACGCAUCAUGUCCACGCCUGGAGGAGAGGAGGCUAUCGAGAGGCUCAAGGAAUCUGAAAAGAUUAUUGCAGAGCUGAAUGAGACCUGGGAAGAGAAACUGCGUAAAACUGAGGCGAUCCGCAUGGAGAGGGAGGCCUUACUUGCAGAAAUGGGUGUUGCAAUCCGUGAAGAUGGUGGUACAUUGGGCGUCUUCUCUCCUAAAAAGACUCCACAUCUGGUCAACCUGAACGAGGAUCCACUCAUGUCAGAGUGUCUGCUGUAUUACAUCAAAGACGGCAUCACAAGGGUGGGCCAAGCAGAUGCUGAAAGACGUCAGGACAUUGUUCUGAGUGGAGCUCAUAUAAAAGAGGAGCACUGCAUUUUUCGCAGUGAAAGAAAUGCAAACGGAGAUGUGGUGGUCUUGUUGGUGCCUUGUGAGGGUUCAGAGACCUACGUCAAUGGAAAACGUGUUGAAGAUGCCAUCCAACUGCGCUCAGGCAACCGCAUAAUCAUGGGCAAGAACCAUGUUUUCCGGUUCAACCACCCAGAACAGGCCCGUGCCGAUAGGGAGAAGACGCCAUCCGCUGAGACCCCCGUGGAGCCUGUGGACUGGACCUUUGCCCAGAGAGAGCUGUUGGAGAAACAGGGCAUCGAUAUGAAGCAAGAAAUGGAGAAAAGACUGACUGAAAUGGAGAUCCUAUACAAAAAAGAGAAGGAAGAAGCGGAUCAGCUCUUGGAACAACAGAGACUGGAUGGAGACUCUGAUAGUGGGGAUGACUCAGAUAAGCGAUCAUGUGAAGAGAGCUGGAGACUGAUUACAUCUCUGAGGGAAAAGCUGCCCCCCAGCAAAGUCCAGACCAUAGUGAAAAAGUGUGGCUUGCCCAGCAGCGGCAAAAAGAGGGAGCCUGUGAAGAUGUACCAGAUCCCCCAACGCCGCCGCAUCACCAAGGAUUCAAAGUGGGUCACCAUCUCAGACCUGAAGAUCCAGGCUGUCAAAGAGAUCUGCUAUGAAGUGGCUCUUAAUGACUUCCGCCACACACGUCAGGAAAUCGAAGCACUAGCGAUUGUCAAAAUGAAGGAGCUCUGUGCCAGCUACAGCAAGAAGGAUCCCAAUGAGCGAGACUCAUGGAGGGCCGUGGCCCGGGAUGUUUGGGACACUGUCGGUGUGGGAGACGAGCGCAUCGAGGAUGUCAUCACCAACGGGACAAGGCCAGGGUCUGGUGUGAUGGACGAGCUCAAAGUGCAUAUCGACAAACUGGAGGACAUUCUUCAGGAGGUGAAGAAGCAGAACAACAUGAAAGACCAGGAGAUCAAAGUUUUGAGGAACAAAAUGGUAAAAAUGGAGAAGGUUCUGCCCCUCAUGGACAGUCAGGAUAAACCUCUGAGUGCCGGUACUGCCCAGGAUCCUGGUUUACGCCCUGUUUCUCCUGCCGCUCUACCCUCCAUUCUACCUCCUGCUUUGCCCUCUGCUCAGAGCUCUGUGCCCAGUCCCAGAGAGGGGAAGCCCCCAGUGCCUGAAAAGUUUGAUUUUGAGGAAUCAGAUCCACAAUCAGGCCCUGUGUCAGGAGAGGACCUGAAGAGGGUAAACAUGCGCUGGAUGCGGCCGGAACAGCAGCGCCUGAAAAAUAUGCAGCAACAAGAGAUCUCUAAACAGUUGCGCAGGAACAACGGUCCGCACAGAUUCAUCCCACCAGAAGACCGUAAGCUGCGCUUCCCCUUCAGGAGUCACCCAAACCACAGAAACUCGUGGAGCCCUGGCACCCACAUCAUCAUCACAGACCAGCAGGUGAUUGAGCUGAAGGUGCCUAAAGACUCAGUACAGGAGGAAGAGGAGGAGGAGGCCUCUGCCGCAGAGGCUCAGUGCAGAGAGAGAGUAGCAGCUGCAGUGGUGCAGGUAGCCCCCACUCUGCCCAGCCCUGCGCCUCAGCGUAGGAACAGUGAGUCUGAACCCCACCAGGGGCCCAGGCACAACUAUAGGAACCAACAGAAACAGCAGUAUGAGCGUUUACGCAGCAACUCCUUCAACCACCGCCAGAGGCCGUCCGGAUCUAUGGAGUCUUUACAGCCCCCUGAGCCCAGGAGGCACAUUCAGCCUUUUUACCCCCCUCGAAACCACCUGCCCCCGCACCUGGCCCUGCCGAUGUUCCCUCCUCAGCAGUAUCCCCAGCCCUGCCAGUACAACGGCAUGUUUUACCCUGAUGGCAACUACAAUGGUUUCCAGGAGUACCCCCACGCUGACCAACCAAACCAUUCAAUCAGCUUCCAGCCCCCGCCCCGAAUGCGCAGACAGUUGUCUGUUCCUAAUCUCAAAGCCAACAGAGAGACAGUGGUUUACGAGAGCAAACUGCAGGAGCUUCAGAAACAGGUGGAAACUCGAUCACUGCUCGCUGAGACGCCUGACGAAGAUGAUUUGGAAGAUGAGGAGGAAGAGGAAGUGCCGUGGACCCAGCACGAGUACGAGCGGGCGCAGUGGGCUUUCAGGAAGUGGAGGUUUCACCAGUUCACCUCCCUCCGAGACCAGCUGUGGGGCAAUGCCGUCUAUCUCAAAGAGGCCAAUGCCAUCAGUGUGGAGCUUAAGAAGAAGGUCCAGUUUCAGUUUGUGCUGCUGACUGACACGCUGUACUCUCCGCUGCCUCCGGAGCUGCUGCCCCCUGAACCAGAGAAAGACCGGGACCCUAGACCGUUCCCCCGGACUGUUGUGGCUGUGGAAGUCCAAGACCUGAAGAACGGAGCCACACACUACUGGUCCCUCGAAAAACUCAAACUGCGACUGGACCAGAUGAGAGAGAUGUAUGAUCGCGCUGGGGAAAUGGCCUCCAGUCACCAGGACGACGGAGAGGGCACGCUCACAGGGAACGACCCCUUCUACGACCGCUUCCACUGGUUCAAACUGGUCGGCAGCAGCUCGCCCAUUUUCAACGGCUGUGUAAAUGAGCACCUGGCGGACAGAACCCCAUCUCCAACCUUCUCCACGACCGACUCGGAGGUCACAGAGCUGGCGGACGAGCGGCAGAGUGAGAUGUCCGACCUCAUUGAUGACGAGGCCUUCGUGGAUGACACCAGCUCUGACGCUGGGACAGAGGAGGGGUCCGACAUAUUCAGCGACGGUCAGGACCCCUUCUACGACCGCUCCCCCUGGUUCAUCCUGGUGGGAAGGGCUUUCGUCUACCUAAGUAACCUGCUGUACCCGGUCCCGCUGGUGCACCGCGUUGCCGUAGUAACGGAGAAGGGCGAGGUGCGUGGUUUCCUGCGUGUGGGGGUCCAGGCUAUAGCUGCUGACGAGGAGGCUCCCGACUACGGGUCAGGAGUGAGACAGUCUGGAACAGCCAAGAUCUCAUUUGAUGAUGAGUAUUUCAAAAAGAAUGAUUUUCCAUCCACGGUCAUGACUCGGUCCGGCAUGUCCCUGGAGGAGCUGCGCAUCGUGGAGGGACAAGGCCAGAGUUCAGAGGCCAUCACACCCUCAGAGGAGCUCAACCGAAUCAAUGACAUGGAUCUUAAGCUGGGGAACAUGGCCGACCCCAAGUUGAGUGAAGGUUUGGCAGGGCAGCUGGAGGUGGGCAGUAUCUUCACAUUCAGAGUCACUGUGCUACAGGCCAGUGGCAUCCCUCCGGAGUAUGCAGACAUCUUCUGUCAGUUCAAUUUCUUACACCGCCAUGAUGAAGCGUUUUCAACAGAACCGAUAAAGAACACAGGGAAAGGCGCUCCACUGGGCUUUUACCAUGUUCAAAAUAUCUCAGUGGAGGUGACCGAGUCCUUUAUAGAGUACAUCAAAACCAAACCUAUUGUGUUUGAAGUGUUUGGACAUUAUCAGCAGCACCCACUGCACAUUCACGGCCAGGACAUAAUCAGUCCUCCGAUUCCUUCGAGAAAAUAUUACCCUAUCCCUAUGCCGCUCUCCAAACCAGACCACGCCCGAAAGAUAGAGCUGGUCCGAUACCUCAUGAGUGGAUAUGUGAAUGGGAAAGUGCUGGAUACACUGUCUGAGCACGCUAAUGCGCUGGCCGCCUCCGCCGUGGCCAGUUUGGACGAUGAGCAGCUCUCUCACUUCCCUUUCAUCCCAGUGCCCGAUGACCCGGUGCUAACUGUGCCAAGCCACCAUGUCCCAGCCACAAAGCUGAACACUUUCACCAAAUCCUAUCUGGGACAGAGCAUCAGCAAGUACGACCUGCUGGUUUGGUUUGAGAUCAGCGAGCUUGAGCCUACUGGAGAGUACAUUCCGGCUGUUGUGGAUCACAGUGGCGGACUUCCCUGUCACGGCACCUACUUGCUUCACCAGGGAAUCCAGCGCAGGAUCACAGUGACUCUCAUCCAUGAGAAAGGCAGCGAACUGCAUUGGAAGGACGUCCGUGAGCUAGUUGUGGGUCGUAUACGAAACAAAACUGAAGUGGACGAUACUGCUGGAGAUGCCGUCCUGUCCCUCAACAUCAUUUCUGCCAAAAACAUCAAGUCCUCUCACAAUUCCAACCGGACUUUCUAUCGCUUUGAGGCCGUGUGGGACAGCUCCCUUCACAACUCCCUCCUCCUGAACCGCGUGACACCGUACGGGGAGAAAAUCUACAUGACGGUUUCUGCAUAUCUGGAGCUUGACCACUGCAUCCAACCAGCGAUCAUCACCAAAGAUAUCUGCAUGGUCUUCUACUCCAGAGACGCCAAGAUCUCCCCUCCCCGAUCCCUCCGCAAUCUCUUUGGAAGUGGAUACUCUAAAACUCCUGACUGCAACAGAGUGACUGGCAUCUAUGAGCUGAGCUUGUGCAAGAUGUCUGACACUGGAAGCCCAGGAAUGCAACGCAGGAGGAGGAAGAUCCUGGACACUUCUGUGGCGUAUGUCAGAGGAGAGGAGAACCUGGCCGGGUGGAGACCCAGAGGAGACAGCCUGAUCCUGGAGCACCAGUGGGAGCUGGAGAAGAUGGAGCAGCUGCAUGAGGUGGAGAAGACCCGUCACCUGCUCCUCCUCAGGGAGAAACUGGGCGAUGCUGCACCACUGGGACCAGCCCCCACCACAAAGUCCCUGAGCGACCUGUCCCCGAGUAUGAGCUCAGGGACCCUCUCCACCUCCACCUCCAUCUCCUCACAGAUCUCCAGCACCACCUUCGAGAGCGCCAUCACCCCCAGUGAGAGCAGCGGCUACGACUCCGCCGACAUCGAGAGCCUGGUGGACCGCGAGAAGGAGCUGGCAACAAAGUGCCUGCGCCUCAUGACUCACACCUUCAACAGUGAGUACAACCAGGUGGUCUACAGCAUCAGCGACUGCAAGCUCUCGGACCUCUCUCCGUUGGGGCGGGACCUUUCAGUGACCAGCUUGAGCAGCGCUACCCUGACCCCCUCCUCCACCUGCCCCUCUCUGGCCGACUCCCGCUGCAGCUCCAUGGACCAAAAAACUCCAGAGAACUGCUCCAGAGCCUCCAGCCCGUCCUGCUCCGAUUAUGAAAACUUCCCGAUGGUUCCCACUUUGGAGAUGUCCAUUUUGGCACGGGCUGGAAAACACGAGUUCCUCAACUUGGUGCCUGAUAUUGAGGAAAUGAGGCCGGGAUCCGUGGUGUCAAAGAAGGGUUUCCUGAGCUUCAUGGAGCCACGGUCGAACUCGUGGGUGAAGCACUUUGUGGUGGUGCGUCGGCCGUACGUGUUCAUCUACAACGGUGACAAAGACCCGGUGGAGAGAGGCGUCCUGAACCUGUCCACCGCCCAAGUGGAGUACAGCGAAGACCAGCAGGCCAUGCUCAAGACUCCCAACACAUUUGCAGUGUGCACAAAGCACAGAGGGAUCCUGCUGCAGGCCAACAAUGAGAAGGACAUGAACGAUUGGUUAUAUGCGUUUAACCCGCUGCUGGCAGGAACAAUACGGUCGAAGCUGGCUCGGCGGCGCAGUGGCCUCCCCAAGAACUAA